AAUAAAUGCGCAGGCGCAGUACGGCUGACCCCUCCGGUUUCUGCGUGCAUUGCCACGUUAGUAGCGGUAGACACAAAAUACCAGCUACUCUCCCAACCUUGAGGAAGGAAGAAAACCAAAAAUAAGGCCAAUUUAUCCGCUAAACCGUAGCCGACCGUGUCUACAGCUCUUGUCUCUGUCAGGAAGAAUAUUCGACAGCAACUAUGUUGAAGUUUUUGCUCCUUUGCACGCUGGCUGUAGCCAGCAGGGCUGAGAUUGCCGAGGAAGAAGAUGUCCUGGUGCUGAAGAAAAGUAACUUCGACGAGGCUCUCAAAGCUCACCCCAACAUCCUGGUUGAAUUCUAUGCCCCAUGGUGUGGUCAUUGCAAGGCCCUGGCUCCAGAGUAUGCCAAGGCUGCUGGCAUGCUGAAGGACGAAGGGUCAGAGAUCCGCUUGGCUAAAGUGGACGCGACCGAGGAGACCGAACUGGCACAAGAGUAUGGUGUCCGGGGAUACCCCACCAUCAAGUUCUUCAAAGGUGGAGAGAAGGAGUCACCCAAAGAGUACUCUGCUGGCAGGCAGGCAGAUGAUAUCGUCAGCUGGCUGAAAAAGCGCACAGGCCCAGCCGUCGCCACACUGGCUGGGGUCACAGAGGCUGAGUCUCUGAUCGCUGACAAUGAGGUGGCCGUCAUCGGAUUCUUUAAGGAUGCUGAAUCUGCCGGUGCCAAGGCCUACGAAAAAGCAGCUGAAGCCAUAGACGACAUUCCCUUUGCCGUGACCUCCGACGAUGCUGUUUACUCCAAGUUUGAGGUGUCCAAGGACAGUGUUGUCCUCUUCAAGAAGUUUGAUGAGGGUCGUAAUACCUUUGAUGGAGAGCUGACCAAAGAAAAACUCCUGGCUUUUGUCAAGGCCAACCAGCUGCCUCUGGUCAUUGAGUUCACUGAGCAGACUGCCCCUAAAAUCUUUGGUGGAGAAAUCAAGUCCCACAUCCUCAUGUUUCUGCCCAAAGCUGCUUCAGACUUUCAAGACAAAAUGGACCAGUUUAAGAAAGCUGCGGAGGGAUUCAAGGGCCGGAUCCUGUUCAUUUUCAUUGACAGCGAUGUGGAUGACAACCAGCGCAUCUUGGAGUUCUUUGGUCUGAAGAAAGAGGAGUGUCCAGCUAUCCGCCUGAUCACCCUGGAGGAUGAGAUGACCAAGUACAGGCCAGAGAGCGACUCCAUCACAGCAGAGAACAUCAUAGAAUUCUGCACACUGUUCACUGAGGGCAAACUCAAGCCCCAUCUCAUGAGCCAGGACAUCCCCGAAGACUGGGACAAAAACCCAGUCAAAGUUUUGGUUGGCAAGAACUUCGAGGAGGUCGCCUUCGAUCCCGCUAAGAAUGUCUUUGUGGAAUUCUAUGCACCUUGGUGUGGACACUGCAAACAGCUGGCUCCCAUCUGGGAGAAGCUGGGAGAGAAGUAUAAGGACAGUGCUGACACCAUUGUGGCAAAGAUGGACUCCACAGCCAAUGAGAUCGAGGCCGUGAAAGUCCACAGCUUUCCUACUCUUAAGUUCUUCCCUGCAGGAGAAGACCACAAGGUGAUUGACUACAAUGGGGAGCGAACACUGGAAGGCUUUACCAAGUUCCUAGAGAGUGGUGGUAAGGAGGGUGGUGCCCCUGCAGGAGACGAUGACGACGACGAUCUGGAUGCAGAGGAUUUGGAUGAUGUGGAUGAGGACUCUGACGGCGAGGACGGAGGUGAUGACGACGGGCACGAUGAGUUGUAAGAGCUGGCAGAGGAGAGAAAGAGAGAGGAGAGGAGUCCCGCCCCAACCCUUCCAACCAGUCACCAUCACUACCUUCACUUCCUUGUGGACCUUCCCUGUCCUGUGAACAUUAAUACUUCCCCUUUAACUGCCUCUCGGUCAGUCAGUCAGUCAGUCAGUCAGCCAGCCGGCCUGUUAGCCAGCUCGCCAGUUAGUUAGUCAGUCAGUCUAUUAGUGGUGUGGCAGGGCCUUUUUUUUUUUUUUUUUUUGCCAGCCACAUCUCCAGCCUCGCAACUUCUGGCCAGACUGGUCUUGUCCCACCAGGGGGGACUCUGUGGAACAGCGCAACACCUCUAUGGGAGACCUCAAUGCCUUUGCUACAAAGCUCCACAUCAGCUCUUUGCCUUGUAUAUUUUAAACCAAAUGUAAACAUGGCAUUGAGGUCCGGUUUUCAAAAUGUUUGUCUUUCCUGAUGAAUUUGCUCCCCUGCUCUUUAAAAAAAAACAAACAACAAAAACAACAAAAAAAAACAAAAACAAAAAAAAACACCUUACCAUUGUUCAGUGUGGGUAUGAGCUAAAUGAGUGUUGAAACCUGUAUUUGUAGGUAAGGGGGGUGCCAGUGUUCUUUUCCCUCGGAUAGAGAUCCAGAGGACCAGAGUUUUGUGUGGUGGUGUUGUAAGGACUGAACUCUCAGGGGACAAGGGGCCAUCCUAUAGAUGUUUUUUAUUUUGUAAUGUCUUCACUAAAAUGCACCCCACAGAGCUUGUCCAGUGUGGCACAAAGGGCCCCUCAUCUGUAGCUGAGACCAAUAAUUUUCUCUCUUGUGGUGUGGGCGGGGGGGUUACUUUGUUUUCAUUUCCUUCAUUCCCAAACAAUUUCCUGGUUCAGUCCCCUUAUUUCAGCACGGCUACUGACUAUUUUCUAAAAGGAACAAAGCAAACUUUUUGGGGAAAUCCUCUUUUAUUUAAUUGCUUUCACUGAGGUUUUUUUUUUUGUUUUGUUUGUUUGUUUUUGUUUUGUUUUUAUAAUUUAGGAUUUGUCAUUUUUAAUAAUGUACCAUUGUGCCCAGCUGUAGCCAGUUGGCCCUGUUGGGGCAGAGUUGGCCCUUGGACACACUCUCAGGCCUGGGAUGGUUUUUGGAGCCAGUUCUGAUAGGUCGCACUGCAUUCAUGCCUAAUCAGAGAUUCAUUUUGGUUACUAAAGCAGACAGAGAUUGGCAGAGUUUUCCUGGUCAGGUUGGUCUGAGAGAAGUGUCUAUUAUAUCUGAGUCGGGGAGGGAACAGUUGCACAGCCCCACCCCUCACCCAUACUGUACCUCCUGCAUCCCUUUUGGCUCUACCCAACACCCUUGUUGCCACAGCAUUAUGUGUAAGUGUGAAUGUAUAGUGUGAUGUGUAAGUGGUUUAAAAAAUGUGUGUGUGUGUGUGUGUGUGUGUGUGUGUGUGUGUGUGUGUGUGUGAGAGAGAGAGAGAGGCUUGAGUAGAGCAAGGUGAUGGGUUUGACAGCUGUACAGCAUUUGGGUAAAAAUUAAUAAAGCAUUCCAUCAUAUCCAAAUUGGUGUGGAAAAUGUGAAAUGGUGGCCAAUAAACAUAUAAAAAUAA